CAAGCCACAAAAAUUCAAGGAAUUAGUCCCCACCAGCCUUUUCUUGUGGUGCAGUUCGAUAACAAUUAUAGCGUUUCUGGUUCGGGACAUGGCAGUAUCUUGCUUGCCCGUCAGCAUGCGGAUUGGAAGCACUCUUUUCUCAUUCAGCAGAGUGGCAAUUCUACAAUGGUGGAUAUGUUUGUUGCUAGCCGGUAGUUUUCCAAGCUCGACCAACGGAAUCACAAUAACCAGUUUCAGAGAAUAUGAGAGAGAUCGCCAGGCCUUACUAGCGAUUAAGUCUCAAAUUCAUGACCCGCUUGGAGUCACAAGCUCAUGGAACAACUCUGUGUCCUUGUGCCGAUGGAGGGGCGUAACAUGUGGUCGUAAGAAUCAAAGGGUCACCCAAUUGGACUUAAAGAACCAAAAUUUGAGAGGCUCCUUGUCACCCUAUAUAGGGAAUCUCAGCUUUCUUAGGUUCAUCGACCUUCGACACAACCUCUUGUCUGGUGGAAUUCCUCCUGAAAUUGGUCGUCUGUCCAGGCUUAAAAUUUUAAUGUUGAGAAAUAAUUCCUUUGGGGGAACAUUACCUGCCAAUUUGUCCCGUUGCUCUAAACUCGUUCAUCUUGUCGCCGGACAGAACAGCCUUGUCGGGAAUAUCCCGGCAGAGUUUGGCAAUUUAUUGAAGCUGGAGAAACUAGGAAUUGACACCAACUUCCUAACUGGGCAACUGCCAGUUUCAUUAGGGAACCUUUCAAGUCUACGUCUUCUUAAUGUAGGCGUGAACCGUUUGCAAGGGAGACUUCCUGAUACGUUGGGCCAGCUACAAAGGUUAGUUAAUCUUACACUGGACCAGAAUAAUUUCUUUGGCUUACUUCCUCCUCCAAUUUAUAACAUCUCUUCCAUAGAGAUGUUUAGUCUACCAAGUAAUCAGUUCCAUGGGAGCCUCCCUGACGACUUAGGCUUCACACUUGUAAACGUUAAAAAAAUUUAUAUUGGGAUUAAUAAUUUCUCUGGGACUCUACCGGAGUCAUUAUCCAAUGCUUCAAAGCUUGAGGAGCUCGACGUUUCCGAUAACUUUUUCACAGGUAAAGUAUCAAUUGAUUUUAGCCGCAUAAAUAUGACAUGGGUAAAUAUGGAAAGUAAUAAUUUAGGUAGUGGGUUAGUUGGUGAUCUAGAUUUUGUAACAUCCUUAACUAACUGUAGCAAUCUGGAUACACUUAGUUUAGCUGAUAAUCAAUUUGGAGGGAUGCUGCCAAAUUCUCUAACCAACCUUUCAACCAUGAUUACUGUAAUCCAUUUAGGUACUAAUCGAGUAACCGGCACCAUUCCUUCAGGGAUAGCAAAUCUUGUAAAUAUAAUUUCAAUAGGUUUGGAGGAAAAUCGACUGACUGGCCCCAUGCCUCAUGCCAUUGGUAAGCUUAAGAAUUUGCAAGGUCUCACCUUGGGUGAAAAUAAAUUAUCAGGGAGAAUCCCAACCUCUUUUGGAAAUUUGACGCGGCUAAACGUGCUUGCUUUAUAUUACAACGAGUUAGAGGGCGGCAUACCUCCAGGGCUCGGCAAUUGUCAAAAUUUGGUGCGGAUGGUAUUAAGUGGCAAUAGACUUACUGGUGUGGUUCCCCCAUCAAUUUUUAGUAUAACAACCCUCUCAACUUCCCUAGAAUUGUCCAACAAUCUCCUUAGAGGCUCCCUGCCUUCAGAAGUAGGCAACCUGAAGAAUAUCCUGAACCUGGAUUUAUCCGGAAACCAGCUCUCUGGUCAAGUUCCCAGUGCCCUAGGUGGUUGUACAAGCUUGGAAAAUCUCAAUUUAGGAAAUAAUAAUUUUUAUGGGAGUAUCCCCGACUCUCUGAGUUCUUUGAGGAGCAUUGCACUGCUAGAUCUCUCCCACAACAACUUUUCCGGACAAAUUCCCGAAUAUCUUGAAAACUUGUCCUACUUGAAGUACUUAAACUUGUCUUAUAAUCAUUUCGAGGGGAAAGUACCAUCAAAAGGAGUGUUCAGUAACGCAACAUCGACUUCAUUGAUCGGGAAUGAUAAGCUUUGUGGGGGUAUUGCUGAACUGCAUUUGCCAUUGUGCCACUUCAAUGAGCAGAAGAAAUCGAGAACUUCUCAUUCACUCAAAAUAAUCUUGAUAGUUUGUGGGGUUCUUGGAUUUCUUUCCUUGUCAUUUUCUUUACUUUUCUACUGGCUGAGGAAUAAUAGAGAAGUAUUGUCAGAGCCUUCAUCUGUAUUCCCCCUGAGAACUUCCAUUCCAAGGAUUUCUUAUCAGCAACUCCUCAAAGCUACUAACCGAUUCUCUCCAGCCAACUUGAUUGGCCAAGGAAGUUUUGGGUCCGUGUAUCGAGGAAUGUUUAAUCAGAACCAAGAGCAAAAAGUUAUCGCGGUGAAAGUGAUGAACCUCCAAGAAACAAGAGCUUCCAAGAGUUUCAUUGCAGAAUGUAAAACACUGGGUCAUCUUAAGCACCGUAAUCUUGUCAAGAUAAUAUCUGCUUGUUCGAGCGUUGAUUUUCAAGGCAAUGCUUUCAAAGCCCUUGUCUAUGAGUUCAUGCCAAAUGGAAGCCUGGAAGGAUGGCUGCAUCCGCCAACUGAAGCAGACUCCCUCGCACAUAGAGAGCCAAAGAUCUUGAACUUUUUGCAAAGAUUAAACAUCGCCAUAGAUGUGGCCUGUGCACUUGAUUACCUCCAUCAUCACUGCCAGGUUCCGGUAUUUCACUGUGAUUUGAAGCCAAGCAACAUUCUUCUUGACCAUGACAUGGUCGCCCACUUAGGAGAUUUUGGAUUAGCCAGGUUUUUUCCAAAAUCCACGAACAAAUUUUCCGGAUAUUCUACCAGCACUCUCGAUCUAAAGGGAACUGUUGGUUAUGCUGCGCCAGCAGAGUAUGGCAUUGGAACAGAGGCGACAACAAGCGGCGACAUGUACAGCUUUGGAAUCCUCCUGCUGGAAAUGUACACAAGCAAGAGACCCACCGAUGACAUGUUCAAAGAUGGUCUAACACUGCACCAUUUCGCAAAGCUGGCAUCGCCCGAUCAAUUACAUGGAAGUGUGGAUCCAUUACUUCUAGCUGGGGAUAACGAAGAAGAGAAUGCAAGUAGCAGCAGAAACCCAAGCAGAGCACACAAGCGAGAAACCAAAAUGAAAGAGUGCCUGAUUUCCAUCCUGAGAGUUGGAAUUGCUUGUUCUGUUGAAUCACCCAAAGAUCGCAUGGACAUCGUCGAUGCGGCUAAGGAAUUGCAUUUCAUCAGGGACAAAUUCCUUGGGGCCCGAAUUCGGACACAAAGCUAAGCACAUCUCUAGACUGGAGUUCAGUUCUUUCUUCUACCCAAAAUCAUGACAUGCGUGUCAAACAAUUUAGGCUUAUCUUACCUAUUUGCAAUAAAAUUUACUAAGCCCAAAUUGCAAUCAAAUUGGGAAAUUCAAAUGUUA